GACGCAGGGUGAACACAGCGAGAUACAGCGCGCUAAAUGUCUUCUGGGAUCAUUUCUCAUUAAUAACUACUGGAUAUAUAUAGAUAUAUAUUUCACCAUCUGCAACAAAGGAGGGACCUAUGAGCCAAGGGGGGGCAUUAUUCUCUCACAGAUAAGGUGCAGCUCUGCCUGAGAUGGCCACAUCACUGCGCUGCCACAGGACACUCCUAUUGGCCGUGGCCUUCUGUUUCCUGCCUUGCAUCACUUCCUCCCUCAACCUGGAGGAUCCCAAUGUCUGCAGCCACUGGGAGAGUUAUUCGGUGACAGUGCAGGAGUCCUACGCUCAUCCCUUUGAUCAGAUUUAUUACACCAGCUGCACCGACAUCCUCAACUGGUUUAAGUGCACCAGACACAGGGUGAGCUAUCGGACAGCCUAUCGAAGAGGAGAGAAGACCAUGUACCGGAGAAAGUCCCAAUGCUGCCCAGGCUUCUACGAGAAGGGAGAGAUCUGUUCUCCUCAUUGUGCAGAGAGCUGUGUUCACGGCCGCUGCAUGGCCCCCAACACCUGCCAGUGUGAGCCGGGCUGGGGGGGCUCCAACUGCUCCAGUGCUUGUGACAGUAGCCACUGGGGUCCCCACUGCAGUAACCGAUGUCAGUGCCAGAACGGCGCUCUGUGUAACCCCAUCACCGGAGCCUGCAUCUGCACCCCUGGGUACGGAGGAUGGCGCUGCGAGGCCCAGUGUGAAGUGGGCACCUAUGGAAACGGAUGCCAGCAGAAAUGCCAAUGCCAGAAUGGAGCCGCCUGUCACCAUGUGACCGGAGAAUGCAAGUGCUCACCAGGAUACACUGGAGCUUUCUGUGAAGCCCUGUGUCCUCCCGGUAAACAUGGACAGCAGUGUGAGGAGAGAUGUCCGUGUCAGAACGGAGGAGUGUGUCACCAUGUGACUGGAGAGUGCUCCUGUCCUGCAGGAUGGAUGGGUACGGUGUGUGGACAGCCAUGUCCAGAGGGGAGAUUUGGACAAAACUGUUCCCAGGAAUGUCAGUGUCACAACAACGGCUUCUGUGUGUUGUCCACUGGACAGUGUCUCUGCAGCCCUGGAUACACGGGAGAACGGUGCCAGGACGAGUGUCCAGUUGGAACUUACGGUGCUGGCUGUGCAAAGACGUGUCGCUGUAAGAACAAGGGCAAGUGCUACCACACCAACGGGCUGUGUGUGUGUGAGCCGGGGUACACGGGGGAGAUAUGUGACGUCCGACUGUGUCCUGAAGGACACUACGGCCUCCGCUGUGACAGGAUGUGUCCGUGCUCCGCCCAGAACACACGCAGCUGCCACCCAAUGUCAGGGGAGUGCACGUGUCAGCCGGGUUGGUCCGGCCUCUACUGCAACGAGACGUGCACCCCAGGAUUUUAUGGCGAGUCCUGCCAGCAGGUGUGCCAGUGCCAGAACGGUGCUGACUGCCACAGUGUGAGCGGAGAGUGUAUCUGCGCCCCAGGGUUCACGGGUCCAAACUGUUCAGUCCCCUGCCCAGCUGGGACACACGGAGCACACUGCUCCUCUAGCUGCACUUGCAAGAACAGAGCACAGUGCUCACCUGUGGACGGAUCCUGCUCCUGUAAACCAGGGUGGCACGGAGUGGACUGCUCCAUCAACUGCCCCAGCGGGACCUGGGGUCUGGGCUGCAACCUCACCUGUCUGUGUGGGAACGGGGGGGCGUGCAACGCCCUGGACGGUCUCUGCACCUGUGCUCCGGGCUGGAGGGGAGAGCGCUGUGAACUCCACUGCCAGGACGGCUCCUACGGGCUGGACUGUAGAGAGCGCUGCGACUGCAGCCACGCUGAUGGAUGUCACCAUUCCACGGGGCACUGCCGCUGUCUGGCUGGAUGGACGGGUAUCCACUGUGACAGUGUGUGUGCCGAGGGCCGCUGGGGCCCAAACUGCUCCCUCCCCUGUAACUGUAAGAACGGAGCAUCGUGCUCUCCGGAUGAGGGGACCUGCGAGUGUGCUCCGGGAUACCGAGGCCCCACCUGUCAGAGGAUCUGCUCUCCAGGUUACUUUGGUCACCGCUGCAGUCAGACCUGUCCCCAGUGCGUCCACAGAAACGGGCCGUGUCACCACGUCACGGGACAGUGUGACUGUCUGCCGGGCUUCAAGGGGGCUCUGUGCAACGAGGUGUGUCCCAGCGGUCACUUUGGGAAGAACUGUGCGUGGAGCUGCAGCUGCACCAACAACGGCACCUGUCACCCCAUCGACGGCUCCUGCCAGUGUUAUCCUGGAUGGAUCGGAAGUGACUGCUCCCAGCCAUGUCCGCCGGGUCAGUGGGGACCCAACUGCAUCCACACAUGUAACUGUCACAACGGAGCCUACUGCAGCGCUUAUGAUGGAGAAUGCAAGUGCACCCCCGGAUGGACCGGCCUCUACUGCACACAGCGCUGUCCGUUAGGUUUCUAUGGGAAGGACUGUUCUCAGACCUGCCAGUGUAGGAAUGGAGCCGACUGUGAUCACAUCUCUGGACAGUGCACCUGCCGCACCGGCUUCAUGGGACGCCACUGUGAACAAAAGUGUCCACCUGGUUCCUAUGGUUAUGGCUGCCGCCAGGUCUGUGACUGUCUAAAUAACUCCACGUGUGAUCACAUGACUGGUACAUGUUACUGCAGCCCGGGCUGGAAGGGAGCUCGCUGUGACCAAGCUGGUGUGGUGGUGGGCAGCCUCAACAGUUUGACCAGCGCAGCCAUGCACGUGGACACAUACCAGAUCGGAGCCAUCGCGGGGAUCAUCGUCCUGGUGCUACUGGUGCUCUUCCUCCUGCUCCUCUUCAUCAUCUACAGGAAGAAACAGAAGGGCAAGGAGCCAAGCAUGCCCGCUGUGAGCUACACUCCGGCUCUGAGGGUCCCGGCUGAUUACAGCAUCGCAGAUGCUCACGCUCCGGCAUGCGAGGCCCACCCCAGCAACUACUUCUCCAACCCAAGCUACCAUACUCUGACCCAGUGCAUCAGGCCCCCGCACGUUAACAAUGGCCCAUAUGGAAAGGCCAAGAGCAGCCAGCUGUUUGUGAACUUGAAGAAUGUAGAUCAGAGAAAGAGGGCGACAUUAGCUGAGCACACUGGCACACUGCCGGCAGACUGGAAACAUGAAGACUGCUUCAAUGAACUGGGAGCCUAUGGAGUUGACAGGAGAUACAUGGGGAGAUCGCUACGAGAUCUGAAGGGCACGCUCUAUCACGCCAGCUCCUGUUCCCUCGAAAGCUCUGAAAACCCAUACGCCACGAUAAAGGACCCUCCCCUGCUGACAGCCAAAAACACAGAGUGUGGCUACGUGGAAAUGAAGUCACCGGCCAGACGGGAUUCACCUUACGCCGAGAUCAGCAACAGCAGCCCGACCAAUAACCGGAAUGUGUACGAAGUUGAGCCGACUGUGAAUGCCAUCCAGCUGACUGGAGACAGCAACGGCCAGUUUGGUCAAGAUCCGUACGAUCUGCCGAAGAACAGCCACAUCCCCUGUCACUACGACCUCCUGCCAGCCAGAGAGAGUCCCUCCCCACAGGACAAGGGGCUGGACAGUGAAUGAUGGCACAGAGACUCAGCACAGAGACCAGCUCUCACCUCCAGUCUGCAGCUCCGGCACUGGCUGUUCCAGGCACACUAUAUACCCACAACAUGCUUUCACUUGUUUUCUCGCUGUUAUACGACCGUAAUUAUGUACCAUGACUUCUUUCUCAACAAAGUGGGUAUACAAGAGUUUGAAGGUUAAUUUGGAGGUAUAGCUGUUAUUUUUUUACAGCAAUUUGUAAACUGCGAUUAAAUCUUCGUAGGUCAUUCCACAUGUCCGGGAGCUACGGCCUGAGUAUGCUUUGAACAAAGCAGAUCGUAUGAUGUGUUGUCUGACCACUGCUAGCAGCAACUCUUCCAAAUGGCCACACUCAACGGUGGGUUAAAAAAAGCCUGCUGUCACAGUCUCUGUCCGACUGCCUCUCUGAUCUCUCUCCAACAACUCUUUUCGCAGCCUCGACAUGACAGAUCCUACUAGUGAUGAUGACACACAGAUGGUGGCGAAGCGUUUGUGGCGUUGCACUUGGUUGGAUGUAUGAAUGAAAAGUGACCUUUCCACACCUCCCACCGCAAAAGUGGACGUGAUUGUUGGAUUUUUCGGAAAGUUACUGGUUGCGUCCAAAAUCGCAUACUAAAAUCACAGAUUUUUCUAUGUAAAAAUGUAAAUUAAGCUCCAUGGCUGCUGUCCUUUUGUCUGUUAUAAACUUUGUCGUUACUACCGCAUUGCAUUGUGGGAUACUGAUGCCGGCGUGGUGUCCAGUGUUUGCAUACUGUAAUGUUCCACUGGAAAUAGUAUGCAAUUCACAUACUAGUGGUUUCAUACUAAGAUUUCGGACGUACUUAAAUCUCACAUACUGUUUUAGCCUAGGGCACUAAAUAGCAUGUUAGUAUGGAAUUUCGGACGCAAUCAAUGUCUUGGUUUCAGAUGCUGAUAAAUGAUCUGAGUACUUUGUUUCAAGCAUACUGAAGCCUUUAUGAUGUUUGUGUAAAACAUGAAAUACCAUCAAAUUUCUAUUUUUGUAACAACAGUAUUUGAAAAAUGGCUAAUUGGAUUGAAUAUUAGCAAUUGUAUCAAAGAUUAGAUGUUUGUUAAAGUUUGAUUAGGUAGAGUAGUAGAGGCAAGUGGCUAACUGUCUUUUUUAUGUUGGGAUAGUCAUUGUUGGGUCGGUAUUUAAGUUAACUAAACGUAAAAGUUCCAUUUAAAUACUAUUUUUUAUCAGCAUAGUUCAAAGAUCUGCAAGUUGUUUAAUUGCACUGUGAUCAGAUCUCAGCCAGGUGUAAUGUCAUCUGUGUGACCCCCACUUAAAGAAAGUCUCCCAACAAGCUUUCUACAGUAGCCUAACGUUAGCCUAGUUAGGAAGUCUGCAGACGCUUUCAUCUGUCUCCCUCUGUCAUGUGACUCUUGCCUUGUACAUAGCGGUCCUGCGUAGGGUAUUCCUCAUCGCUUCACUUGGUCGGGGCUGCACCGCGUUGGAUUUGCAUAUCAACAUCCAGUCACAAUGUGGGCAGAAUCCAAAUCAAAUCAAGAUAACUCAAGAAGCACUGGGAUGUUACUCAGUACUGAACACGCUUUAUUUUAAAGCUUCAAAUUGGUAUUGGUAAAAUGUGUCAAUGACAGAAUUAAGGCCCUGACACUGAAUGAUUUACAAUGUUUAAAAUGCUUAUCACAGUUUCCCUUUAUCCAGAUUUUUUUUCUAAUGACAUCAUACUGAAAAUAAGUUGAAUGCAUUGUUUUGCUCAUUGUGUUUCUGUACUGAAUAACUUUGUUUUAUGCAUGAAUGGAGUGUUAUUGAAAACAUUAUUUAAAGUUCUAUGUAAAAUGAGACGGAGCAUGCAGCAUGGUGAACAUCUCGCAAACGUAGCAAUUCAACCAAUGAGUGGAUGAGCCCAGUACUGUUGAGGAGGCACUUAAAACCCUUUUCUAUUGCAGGCACCCAUAACUUUGGGCUCUACACCAGUAGUUCCCAACCUUUAUCACGUGAAGGACCCCUAAACAGACACAAAUUAGACCACAGAGCCCUUUUUGAUAAGAUUUCGUCCCUUGGUCCCCCAUCUGGUAGGAUGUUUUAUUUGCUUGAUUACAGAAAGUGUAUGAAACUCAUAAAGACCAAAAUAGUAAUUCAUAAUAGACAUUCUAUCAUUGUGGUACGUAUUAUUUAUUAUUAUAGUCAAAACUUUAGUGAAAAAAGGAUUUCCCUUUUUGCUGGGGGCCCAGUGGUACACUCUGAAGGACCCCCCUUUGGGAACCAAUGCUUUAAAUUGAACUUUUAAGAACCUUUCAAGUCUUUGGUUCACGUUAUAUAUUUUGUUUCCACUGCAUUUAUUAAACAAGAUGUUUUAGAUAUGUAGCAUGAAAAAUGCAAAAGCGAGGCCUGCUUCAUUAAUAAUGUGAGACAGGCAACAAGAGGCCAUCUUCUACUGCAAGAACUUGACCCAUAACCUUCUUGACCAUAAGCUUCUUCUAUUCUAAACUUCUAAGAACCAUGUGAGGCAUAAGUACUAGGCACUUCCUGUAUAUCCGCUGUUGGGACAUUUCUUAUGUACACUUGAAAGCACAGAAGUAAGCGAAUUUGGGACAUACAACAAUGGACAACUGAUAUUGUAAUUGACUUUCUCUCUUAUUUGUGUAAAGAUGUUUACUCUGAUAAGGAUUCCAUGGCAGUGCUAGGAAAGUAGAGCCCAGAUAGCGCAUUGAAGUACUUUAUAGUUUGUUUGUUUGUUUGUUUGUGCUCCUCUGUCCUCAUGUUAUCUUAGUUUUAUUAUUUAAAUGUUGCCCUGCACUGUUUAGCUAUGUGAGUCUGCUCCAGAUUUUGGUUUCUAACUGAUAACUCUAGCUCCUUCUAAAACGCAUCAUUUCACUACAUAUUAUUGAGGGCCUGGGCAUGUUGGUUUGUUAUUACUCUUUUAGGUGGUUACGACACAUGUUCUUGACCUUAACAGCGCUGCUGAUAACCCCUGAAAGUUCCUGAACCUUGCAAUGAGUGUCACUUCCUGAAUAAUAUCCAAAUUGCAUUCCCUAAGCAACACUCUUAAAAUUAUGUUUAGAUUCUGCAGUGGAAAAGGGUUAAUAUAAAGUUUCUCUGCACCCCUUGCUCCCUUCCCCUUUCCUCAUAUACUGAUGAGGUUCUGUACAUGUUGGCAUUGGGUGUUCUGGUACCAAGUACACUUAUGAACCACCCUUUGCUCGAACAUGGUGUUUGUUUUACCUGAUCCAUGACUCCCACAGAAGUCCAUACCAAAGCACCACUGGAUCAGAGCAAUCACCCCCCUCUAGGUUUCUCCAUAGUAGAACUAGAGUCCAGUUGGUCUCUCAGGCCUUCUUAGGACGUACUCACACUUGGCCCAGUUACCUUGAACCGUGCCAGAGCCCAAUUGUCCCCGCCUCCAAACUCCCCCGCUGGCCUGCACUCACACUGCAACCAGACGCGAUCACACUGAUGCGUACCAUGGCCGAGUCCAACUGAACCGUGCCCUGGUCCACCUCUUUCUUUUCAUGUUAUUACAGAAGAAACAAAUACUUAUGUAUAUGCUGAAUCCAAAAAUGCAUCUCAUACAACAAAAUACAACAAUACAUACUUGUUUUUUCGGGCUGUGCCCGGCUGAGCCCCGUGGGUCGAGGCCUGGCCACCAGACGCUCGCCGGCGAGCUCCCUUUCCCACGUCUCCCCACCCGCGUCUCGCUCCCCUCCCACGUCUCG